UUACAUUCGGCUGUUAUCGUAAACACGUGUGGAAGUUUAUAAAACAAUCCGGGAAAAUAAACAAAUUAUUAUGAAUAAUAAUCUUUUCGAGGGCUCCGAUGAUGACGGCGAGGACCUGCAGUUGUCCACGAACAAGGACUAUGCCAAGACCUACAACAUCCUGCGCAAAAAGGAGCUGUUGCAGAAAUAUAAAGAUCGUGGCUUGGAUGUAUCCGAAUCGGAGUUCGAUAGCGACAGCUCGUCCUCCGAGGAGGACGAGGUGGACCCCAAAUUCGACCAGGACUUUUUCAAAACACUUUCAUCGCUCAAAAGCAAAGAUCCAAGGAUUUACGACAAGGGCACGAGAUUCUUCAAUGAAUCCUCCAGCGAGGAGGAGGACAAGGACGGUGACUCCCCAUCAAAGAAAAAGAAGAAAACCAAGCCUGUUACAUUAAAAGACUACGAGAGAAAGGUGAUCCUGGAGCACAACGGCAAGUUCGAGAGUUCGGAUGAGGAGCAGCAGGAAAGGAAGGAGCAGGAGGAACUCCAGAGGGCCCAAUCCCCUAGCGCCGUGGAGGAGGAGCGGCGUCUCAAGGCCGAGUUCCGGAGCGUGAUGAACCAGGAGGACGAGGGCGAGGAUGAGGAAUUCGGCGGCAUUUUCAAGAAACGCAGCAAGACCAAGGAGCAAACGGCCGCCGAGGAGGCGGACUUUGCCAAGUGGUUGGCGGGCAAGCAGGCGGAGAUCGAGCAGACCGACAGGGAGCAGUUGGAGCCGCUGAAACAGUACUGGAACAGCAGCAAGCUGACGCAGGGCGAGAGUUUCCUCAGGGACUACAUCCUGAACAAGGGCUACGCGAACACGGAUGCCUCGGCCAUUCCCACAUACGAUGAGAUCGUUGGGGAAACAGCACCACUUUCCGAAGACGAGCAGGAACUGGAGAAGCAGGCCGAGUUCGAACACAAGUACAAUUUCCGGUUUGAAGAACCCGAUGCGGACUUUAUUAAGCGCUAUCCCCGCACCAUCGAGCAGUCCAUUCGACGCACGGAUGACAAGCGGAAGGAGAAGCGCAAGGAGCUCAAGGAGCGAAAGGAUCAGGAGAAGCAGCAGAAGAUGAAGGAACUCGACUUGAUCAAGGACAUCAAGCGCAAGGAGAUCGAGGAGAAGAUACGUAAACUAAAAGCCGUGACGGGCAACGAUGAACUCGGUUUCCGGGACGAAGAACUCGAGGAGGAUUUCGAUCCGGCCGCGCACGAUCGCCGGAUGCAGGAGCUUUUCGACGACGAGUACUACAAUGUGGACGAGGGCGAGGAGAAGCCCGAAUGCCCCUCGGACAUUGACGAACUGCAGCUGGAAGAUUGGGACAACUACGAUCCCAAGCAGCAUGCAAAUGCGGGCAAUGAGGACUACGAAGGACACUGCGAGGACGAGGACUUUAACAUGGACUGCGACUACGAUCCAUCCACGUCUAAGCAGCAACUCCAGCAGGAGCUGAUUGAAAGCACACGCGGUCGCAAGGGACGCAAAGGAAGGCGGAAUCGUUUCAUGGAGAUGAUCCAGGCGGAGAAGCCGGCCUUCAAUCCCGAGGACGAGAAGACCUACAGUGAGUACAUCGACGAGUACUACCAAAUGGACUGCGAGGACAUCGUGGGAGAUCAGCCGUGCAGAUUUAAGUACGUGGAAACCACACCCAAUGAUUUCGGACUGACGAUAGAAGAGAUCUUGCUGGCCAAGAACAAGGAGCUCAACCAGUGGGCCAGCCUCAAGAAAGCCGUGCAAACCAGGCCGGAACAUGUAGAGAAAAAGGAGCAACGUCUGUACAAGAUGAAGGCCAAGAAUGAAGAUCUGAAGCGAAAGAUAUUCAAGAGUUUAUAUGGCGAAGGUUCUGAUGACGAAGAUCAGCCAGCAGAAGAGACGAAACCAGCUACUGAAACCUCAGCUCCCCCCGAAAGUUCUCAGGUACCAACGGAGGGUUUAUCUAAAUCGAAAAGGAAACGCCUCAAACGCAAAGCUGCCGCAUCAGCAGCUGCCAGUUCGCCACAGGUUUCUAAAGUAGAACCCAAGCAAUUAGAAGAUAACAAAAAGAAGGACGAUCCUCCUAAUAAAAAGAGUAAAGAUGAAGGAGAUUUGGAAACUAAGAGCUUCGCAAAGGAGGCAGAAAAACCAGAAACCACUAACUCCUUCAGCAAUAAUAAAAACAUGCCUAAAAAUGUUCAAAAUGGUUUCAAGAAACCCCAAAAACAAACUCCAGCUAAACCGGAAAAGACUUUCCAAAAAACCGAAACUGCACCUACAAAAACCGAAAAAUCCAAUGGAAAUAAUCCGUUCAGUAAACCUAAUCUAAAAUCCAACCAUAGUCAAAAACUGCCACCAAUUCAUAAAAACCAAGGAGACAAUAAAAAGUCUCCCAAGAAUGCCACAGGUGCCAAUCCCUUCAAGAAAUCGAACCAAAAGGAUAGUGCUCCGUUCCCAGCUAAGAAAACGAACAACUUCAAGGCGAAAAACAAGGGAAAUAAUAAUGGAAUAACAGACGAUCGAUUGAAAGCCUACGGAAUAAAUCCCAGAAAGUUCCACAAGCGGGAAAAAUACGGGAAAAAGGAUAAGUAGAAAGUCGCAGUAAAUCUAAUAAUAAUAGUAGUUAUACAUUUUGUAGUUACAUCUUAUGUACAUAUGAUAACAUAUUAAA